AUGUCGUGGCUAUUAAAGAAGAUCGUUCACAAUGAGGCGAUGAGAGAGGAUCCGAAGGAGAUCUAUGGAUGGAGGGUCUUUAUGCUUGCCUGUUCGGCCUGUUUCGGCGGAAUGCUUUUUGGCAUGGACACCGGUAUUAUUAGCGGAGUCCUAACCAUGCCAGGAUUCAAGAAGACAUACCAGCUGGAGAACAUCGACAAAGUCGCGGCAGCGAAUUUAUCAGCCAAUAUCGUCUCCACACUCCAAGCAGGAUGCUUCUUUGGAGCUAUGGGUGCUUCCCCAGUAGCCGAGAGAUACGGUAGACGAAUGGCCCUACUCGGCUCAGCGGUAGUAGCCGUGCUAGGAAUUUUGAUGCAAACCACAGCCAGCGGCCACAUCGAAGUCAUGUAUAUCGGACGACUCAUCACCGGCUUCGGAGUCGGCGCCGCAUCCAUGAUCAACCCCCUCUACGUUUCCGAGAACGCGCCGCGCGCAAUCCGCGGCGGUCUAACAGGUCUAUACCAGCUCUUCAUUACCGCGGGAAUCAUGCUCGCAUUCUGGAUCAACUACGGUUCGCUACUACACAUCAAGGGCCCCGCAAUGUACCUCGUCCCACUGGCACUACAAGGUCUCCCCGCAGUCCUCCUAUUCUUCGGCAUGUUGAUGUGCAACGAGUCACCCCGUUGGUUGGCCAAACAAGACCGGUGGGAAGAAGCCCGCGCAACUCUCUCGAAAGUGCGCAAUCUGCCCUCCGACCACCCAUACGUGGAAGAAGAAUUCCAGGCCAUUGCCACGCAAUUGGAACAGGAGCGCGCACUUGUCGCUGGUUCCGGCUUCUGGGACUUGAUGAAAGAGAUGUGGUUUAUUCCGGGUAAUCGCAAGCGCGCGAUUAUCUCUGUCGUCUUGAUGAUUUGCCAACAGAUGACUGGAACUAAUGCGAUUAAUUACUACGCGCCCCAGAUCUUCCAAAACCUCGGCGUAACCGGAAACGCAACUAACCUCUUCGCAACUGGUGUCUACGGAAUCGUGAAGAUGGUCAGCUGUGGCGUGUUCCUGAUCUUCGUUGCGGACUCGCUGGGUCGUCGUCGCUCCCUCCUAUGGACUUCCGUCGCGCAGGCAUUGGCAAUGAUGUACAUCGGAUUGUACGUUCGCAUUGCGCCGCCCGUUAAGGGCGAACCCGUCAUCCCUGCUGGGUAUUUUGCGCUAGUUUGUAUCUUCCUGUUCGCGGCAUUCUUCCAAUUCGGAUGGGGACCCGUCUGCUGGAUUUACGUCUCUGAGAUCCCGACUGCCAGACUGCGCUCACUGAAUGUUUCAUUUGGAGCUGCUACACAGUGGUUGUUCAACUUUGUUGUUGCCAGAGCUGUGCCGAAUAUGUUGGCUACUGUUGGUGCUAACGGUUAUGGAACAUACAUUAUAUUCUCGUGCUUCUGUUUCUCGAUGGGUAUCUUUGUGUGGUUCUUUAUCCCGGAGACAAAGGGUUUGUCUCUCGAGAAGAUGGAUGAGCUCUUUGGUGUUACGCAGAUGCUUGAGAAUAAGAAUGCUGAUGCGGAGCGAGGCUCUGUUGGUGAUCGGGGGGAGAAGUCGUCCCCGGUGCAUGUUGAGAAGGUGAAUGAGUAG